GCGAACUCUACGGUCGCCAUUAUUGAAACAAAGAUGGCGUCGAUCAUUGGGUCGGAAGUGGAAAUUCAAGAAGUUGAGAUAGAAACGGUUCCUGUAGAAUUACCAAUAGAAACCGUUGAAACUUCUGAUAACACUAUUGAAGUACAACCUAUGAUAGCACUACAACCUCUUCCUGAGGCUGGACAUGAAGAAAUAGUGUUACAAACGCGUGAAGAAGUGGUAGGAGACCUCGUGGGGGACGGAAUUGCUGUCCCAGCCCCAGAUAUUGAGCUUGUAACUGAAGAUGUCACGACAUCAAGGAAGGGAAAGGGUGGUAAAAGGAAAGGAACUAAAUCAAAGUUCAUAUCUAACACAGGAUUAAACGAACUCAGCCUGGAUAUGCCUACGUCAAACAAAAAAUGGGAACAGAAACAAGUUCAAAUCAAAACUUUGGAAGGAGAAUUUUCAGUGACAAUGUGGGCUUCAGGAGAUGACAAAGUUAAACUUGAAGAAGACUCCAGUGUGUCAGAAUCUGAUGCAGAUUUUACAGAAUACAUGACAGGCAGAAAAUUGCCUCCAGGUGGCAUUCCAGGAUUAGAUUUGAGUGAUCCAAAACAACUUGCAGAAUUUGCGAGCAUCAAGCAAAAGAAGCCUUCAGAUGAUGUUCCAAGGACAGUACCCUGUCCGCACAAAGGAUGUAACAAGAUGUUCAGAGACAACUCUGCUAUGCGUAAACACUUACAUACACAUGGUCCACGGGUACAUGUUUGUGCAGAAUGUGGAAAAGCAUUUGUUGAAAGCUCUAAACUGAAGAGACAUCAACUUGUACACACAGGAGAAAAACCUUUCCAGUGUACUUUUGAAGGAUGUGGUAAAAGAUUUUCGUUAGACUUCAACUUGAGAACACAUGUCAGGAUCCAUACAGGAGACCGGCCGUACGUUUGUCCGUUUGAUGGUUGCAAUAAGAAAUUUGCACAGUCAACCAAUCUAAAAUCACACAUACUCACACAUGCAAAAGCUACAAGUCAGCUUGGUGCCUCAUAUGCCACCUCCUCCCCAGAGCUUGAACAGGCACAUCUAGUUAUAGGAAAUCAGCCAAGUUACCAGAUACCUAGUCAGGAGACAAUGCUUAUAGGGUACACAUAUGAGGAGCAGUGACUAGGAGAAGCUGUUGAAAGAGCUGAAGAAAUUGAGUAUGAGCAAAGUUUCCUGCCAUCAUCAUCAUAAAGAUCAUGUGACCAGCAGGUCACAUCAUGGACAGUAACUUAAUGCUGUGAAACAGAAAGUGAUCAUCACAGUCACUGUGUUCUCAUGACCACCAUAUCCUGUUGCCAGUCCUGCUACAUAUGUAUGACAAAUCAUGAUCAUGUGACCGCAGCAUUAUGUGAGCUAAAUGACUGAACUGAUCACAGGAUCUCGUGAUGUACACCUUCCAGAAUCUGCACAGUAAGCUGGGAAAGCCUUUAUCAGAGUGGGAGAUGCUUCACUUCAAAGAAAAUGGGGCUUUUUGAUUUGAUCGAUAAUAUAUAGUAUUUACAUUACGGUAUUGCAAGAAAGGUGUUUAUUUAUUCCGACUUACAACAGUCACAAUUAAGAGAUGAUUUUUCCCUUAAACUUUUGUCCCACAUCUUUAUACAUUAGAGCUUAAGUGACAAAGUUUGAAUUUAUAAUGAUAUACUAACUUGUCUAGCUCAUGGCCUGAUGAUGGUGUUUUUGAGCCAUUUUUUUUUUACAUUCUUGAAUAAGUGCUCUGUUAUACUUUAAAAUAAAAAGUAAAUUUUCACAUUGGCUAAAAUUAUUUUGAAGUUUUUUACCAUGGUAACAUUCAAACAACAUGAGUUCAAAAUUUUAGGUUUAAUCAAAUUUUGGGUCAUUCAAAUUGGGGAGUUAUUAUAAAUAUUGUUUGUUCUUAUUGAUCAAGCAAGUACCUGUCUCAAGAGAUGUGUAUGUAUUACUUUACAAGCUGGUUACCUGCAAAUCAUGGGUUGUUUUUCUUAGAAUGUUUAUCACUGCUAGUGUUGGUCAGUUUUCUUACGAGAUCAAGAAUUUAUUUGAAAAUUGAGCAUUCAAACUGGCCACACAUUGAUUGAAUUUAGAUUAAUAUAUUUAAAUGUAAGUUUUCAACACUUACAGGAGGGAAUAAAAUCAAUGCAAGAAUUUUUAUUUAACUCAAUAAGAAUUUAGGUAAGCUAAAAUUAAAGAAUUUGAUACUUCUAUUAUUUAAACAAUGUUUUGCUGAAAUUACUAAGAAAAGUUGAUAGAUUAUAUAUAAAGAAGGCAAAGCCUGAUAUUAUCACAUUAUCUGUAUUUGUUGUGUUCACUAUUUAUGGUAAUUCUUAGCUUAUACUUUUUCUAAGCAGAUAUGGAUUUUUAAUUACCGAUCUUGUUUUAAUUUUAUUUAUAACUUAAAGUGCAUUUACAAACUUACAAUAUGAGAAUUAUGCUUUAAUGUUGAUAUAUUUUGUAGAACAUCAAUCUAAUCUGUUAAAUACAUGUUUAUGUUAUUGUGAAAAGACGUUUUGGUGUGAAUGAAUCAUUGUUGAAAUUUAGCAGAAGAAUUAUGACAUUUUUCUAGAGGUCUUGUGAAGGGUUAUAUCUUGCUUAAAGCAAAAAUCUUGUGUUGUUUUGCAUGUUGAUAAAAAGUAGUGAAUAGUUUCAAAGUAAAUAUAUUACAAAAAAUUAUUUUGAUAUUUUCUGAUGAUGUAAUAGGGGUUUCUAUAGCAGUAGCUUGAGCUGAAACUUGUGUUUUGUCUUGAGUGGAUUUUACUGGCGUUAAUUCUCACGAGGCGUAGUAGCGCUCAGAGUAAUAUGUUCUACUAGUAAAUUCCAUGUGAGCUAAAUGUUACAGAUCAAAGUACUCUUAUAAUAACCCUUUUAUCAUAUACCUUCUAGGUUAAUGCAGCUGGUCAUAUUGGAGCAUAUGAUACAUGCAUUAAAUAUAGAUAAAUAUAUACAGAUAUACAUGUAUAACAAUAAUGGUAUCCGGACAAUUCCCCUCCCAGACGAUUCCCCUCCCAGUAAAUUUGAAUGUUUUUUUUCACAACCCGGACAUUUCCCCUCAUGUUAUUUUUACGGCGGACAAUUCCCCUCCCGUCAAUUUUACAGGGCGGACAAUUCCCCUCCCGUUAUUUUAGCAGAGCGGACAAUUCCCCUCCCGCUGUUGUCAGAGCGGCAAUUUCCCUCCCGUGGCGGUUGAACAUUAUAUGUUAUAAUAUUGUUUAUUUGAAAUGUCUUUUGGGCUUGUGAAUAUUCCAAUCUGGUAGUCUGACCAGCCUAGUGGAUUCAAAUCCGAAUUUUUUACACUGUAUAAUGUGAAUGAAUAGAGUCUCUAUCUACUGAUUAACUUUAUCAAUAUGCACAAAUCAGUUGUUUACAGAAAUUAAAAAAAGCUGAUCCCUAGAAAUUGCAUAUUCCUAAAUGUAUGCAUAUGAAAUAAUAUUUUAAUUCAAAUUGUGAUGAUUUUAAUCUGGGACAUGAUGACAUUAUAUAUAUUUGUGUUGCACAUUUAAUGUAUAUGUUUUGUCUAUAGAAAUUUGUCAUAAUUACUCUGGUAUGAGUUAAGUGUUAAUAAUGCAAGUCAGAUUCACUUUCAAUAUUUGAAAGUAGGCCAAUUGUUGUUGUUGUUGUAUAAAUCUGUACCAUACUGUACUAUAAAUGGCAUGAUAUGUUCAUGUACAAAUUGUACAAAAUUGUAAUAUAAGAUCAUGAUUUAUUUUUCACAAUUAAAAAUAUCAGAAAUGCUAA